UGUCAAAAAAAUGUCACUUCCACUAAAAAAUAUAGUUUUUCCAAUGAUUUUACUAAAAGUAGCAGAAUGGUUUCUUUACAAACUCCUCGCAAAUUCAUGUUAUAAAGCAGCAAUGAAAGUUAAAAAUUCUCGAUUUUUUUUCAAGAAUUCAUCUUUUAGAUCAUCUCAUCAAAUUCCUCUGUACCCAAACAUCUCGAAAUGUAACAAUAUAAGAAAAUCGGAAACAGUUAUAUGUGAUAUUCAAUCUACAUUACUUAGAUCUGAAUCAUUUUUUCCGUAUUUCAUGUUAAUUGCUUUCGAAGGUGGCAGUAUAUUAAGAGCUCUGUUUUUGCUUCUGUCAAGUCCUCUGUUAUUCGUUCUUGAUUUCGAAGCUAAAUUGAGAGUUAUGGUGUUUAUAUCUUUCUGUGGGAUGAAAAUUAAGGAUGUUGAAUGUGUUGGUAGAGCUGUUUUACCUAAGUUUUAUCUUGAAAAUUUGAAUGUUGGUGUUUACGAGGUGAUGAAAUCUGCAGGGGAAAGAAUGGUGUUUACGAGUGUGCCUAGAGUUAUGGUGGAAAGUUUUUUGAAGGAAUAUUUGAGUGUUGAUUGUGUUAAAGGGACUGAAUUGCAUUGUUUUGGGAAUUAUUUUAGUGGAUUUGUUUCAUCUUCUGGGAUUUUGAUUAAGCAUAGAGCAUUGAUGGAAGUUGUUAGUGAGAAAAAACCAGAUAUUGGUAUUGGAAAUUCAAGUCUUCAUGAUCAUUUGUUUAUCUCCCUUUGCAAGGAAGCUUAUGUGGUGAACAAAGAGGAUGAAAAGGCUCAGUCAAUAUUACCAAGGGAAAAAUACCCAAAGCCAUUAGUUUUUCAUGAUGGAAGGCUAGCAUUUCUACCUACACCUCUUGCAACAUUAGCCAUGUUUAUGUGGCUACCAAUUGGGAUUCCACUAUCCAUUUUUAGAAUCUUAAUUGGCAUAUGUUUGCCUUACAAAGUAGCUGUUUUGUUGGGAAAAUUAAGUGGUAUAAGACUCAGAGUUAAAGGUACUGACCCUCCAAGAUCUGAAAAUGACAAAGGAGUCCUAUAUGUUUGCACUCAUAGAACACUUUUGGACCCUGUAUUUCUUAGCACAUCUUUGGGAAAGCCUUUAACAGCAGUGACUUAUAGUUUAAGCAAAAUGUCUGAAAUUCUUGCUCCUAUUAAAACUGUGAGAUUGACAAGAUCAAGACAAAAAGAUGGAGAAGCCAUGCAAAGAUUGCUUAGUGAAGGUGACUUAGUGGUAUGCCCAGAAGGGACAACAUGUAGAGAGCCAUAUCUAUUAAGGUUCAGUUCACUAUUUGCAGAAUUAGCAGAUGAGAUUGUACCAGUGGCUAUGAACACAAAUGUUAGCAUGUUUUAUGGUACAACAGCUAGUGGGCUUAAAUGUUUGGACCCAAUUUUCUUCUUGAUGAAUCCAAGGCCUUGUUACAAUGUUGAAAUAUUAGGCAAAUUACCAAAAGAAUUGACUUGUGCUGGUGGAAAAUCAAGUCAUGAAGUGGCUAAUUAUAUACAAAGACAAUUAGGUGCUGCAUUGGGAUUUGAGUGCACUAAUCUUACAAGAAGGGAUAAAUAUUUAAUGCUUGCUGGUAAUGAAGGGGUAGUUGAAGAUCAAAAUUCAAGAAUAAAUACCCCUAAUUAAUUUAAUUAUGGAGUAUAUAGGAUUAGUGUUUUUUUUAAU